AUGCCUAGCAAGUGCAAGAAGAAGUCUCGCAAGCCAAAGAGCCUCAAGUCACCCGAGGCUUCUGGCAUUGACAAGCUUUUUGAAGAUAUCACCAAGGAGAACGAAAACCGAUUCCAAAUCGAAGACAUCAACCGUGCUGGCCUGCCUUCACCCAGGAUUCCUGUGACCGGACCCUCCCAGGCGUCCGAACAACACAAGCCUGGUGAAGCAGACUCCCCUAUCGAAACUUCCCUUCGAAAGCGCAUUCGAGCGCUUACCUUAGGCUCGGCAAAGAAACCCCCAGAGCUCAAUAGUAACAGCCGGGAAUUGAAAGCCUCCCCGCCUCAAAGCUCGCAAAUCUUGUCCAGUUCAUUCCGGGAUUCGAGCACAACAGAGGACAGCAACUCUCCCGAACGCAGUCCACUUUCGGUUUCCACUAUCAUUCAGCACUCGAAAGGCAAGAAGCGAGGUGACAGCGUAACCAGUCCUUCAAGCGCUUGGAAGUACCUCAGAUCGCCAACUGAUUAUACGAUGAUCGACUUCGACUACUGUGAGGCUCAGGCAGCCAUGAACAGCGACAAGGUGGACGCAGGCGCCCCAGAUAUUAAGAGAAGCUCUAUCAAAGAACUGCUCGCCUAUCUCCGCCGCGAGACCGGAACCGAAAUUCGUGCCAUUGACGUCCAUGAUCCUAAAGUUGCUCGUAGACCCAAUGAGGCUAGACCUUGGGACCAUAAGAACCUCUGGUGCGUCGACUGUCGCAAGGCUUGCCCUCUCUGCAAUGCGUCUUGCUGUGUGAAGGAAGAAGCUACCAAGAAAGCUGUCGACGAGAGUCUGGACCAGAAGGAACGCGAUGACGCAAAGCGUCUUGUGGAUAUAAUCGACAAGAUCGGUAUCUACGCCAAGGAUGUCGGCACUUUCUCGCAGUGCACUCCUCCUGACGGAUGCGGAAGAUACGUUUGCCCCGAGUGCUGCGGUGUUUGCCCAAGCGAGAUAUGCCGCGAUAUCCAGUGCAAGGAGUGCAAGCCUAACCCUUGGGCGUCCUGCGAGUGGCACGAUUAG